AUGUUCAGUCUCGCAGGAAAAAGAAGCGCAAUUGCGCAGUCAAAAUGCUUAACAGCUCGCACUCUCCCAGCACGCGCUAUUGCUGUCGCACAGCCGUCUAAUGCCAACCGAGACUUUCACUCAACGCCGACAAAUGCCGCGUUCAGGCCGACGUGGAUGCCUAUGCGCGUUAAGACCCCGUGGAUCGACGCGUUAACGGCGAGUCGGGAUGCUGCGCGUAAUGCUAAGGAGGGUGUUGAGGCACCGCCGGUUGUUAAGCCAGAUUUGACACCGAAGAAGAUGUCCGAUGGUCGCUAUAGUGCUAUUCUGCCUUUAGCUCAGGACAAAUGGCUUUUGGAUACUUACCUCAAUGCUUCUGGGCAUAUUCGGCUUGGUUCACUUCUGAUGGACCUUGAUGCGCUGGCUGGAGUUAUUGCGUACCGCCACACUGGAGAUGGUGUUACCACUGUCACUGCUGCCGUGGAUCGUAUCACCAUUGAGAACCCAUUAAUGGAGAUCUGUGAUCUCGAGCUUAGUGGCCAGGUCACCUACGCUACAGGCCGAUCAAGUAUGGAGGUUUCUUGUCAAGUUGUCAAGGUUCGACCGGAGGGACAGGAGCCUAAGCCUGAAGAUGUCUUGAUCACUUGUGCCUUCACCAUGGUCUCAUUAGACCCUGUGACGAAGAAGCCUGCUAGUGUUGCCCCUCUGCUAGUUGAGACUGAGGAAGAGAAGCGUCUCUUCCAAAAGGGCGCAGAAAACUCUAAAGCCAAGAAGGCCCUCAGAACACGCAGUCUGCUCGAGAAAGCCCCUGAUGACGAGGAGAGUAACCUCAUCCACUCCAUGUGGACCAAGGAGAUGUCCUACCUGAACCCUGAAACCCCAAUCACCCGCCCCGAAAACUCAGUUUACAUGAGUGAUACCGUUCUCAAAUCGGCUAUGAUCAUGCAACCCCAAGACAGAAACAGACACAAUUUCAUGAUCUUCGGUGGUUUCCUGUUGAAACAAUCCUUCGAGCUAGCAUUCUGCUGCGCUGCCUCAUUCGCUCACGCCCGACCCAACUUCUUAGCUCUGGACCCUAGUACCUUUGAGAACCCUGUCCCAGUUGGAAGUGUGCUCUACCUUCGUGCUACAGUCGCGUACACCGAGCCUGAAGAGCGUGAGGGUGAUAGCAGUAAGUACACUAAGGUGCAGGUGCGUGUUGACACUAAGGUGCGGGACGUGGAGCAUGGUACCCGGAAGUCCACUGGUAUGUUCAAUUAUACCUUCUUGGUUGAGAAGGAUAUCAACGUUAUGCCAAAGAGCUAUGGGGAAUUCAUGCUUUGGACUGAUGCCAGGAGGAGGGCGCUUAAUGCUGCGGCUAUUGAUCCGGCGCAUAAGACUAGUGCUUUGCGGAGCAUCAAGGAUAGUGUUACUGAGUAG